GAGAGAGGGGACAUGGAGAGAGAGAGCUGAGACUUCAAUAUUCUGCCACACGAGUCAGAGCCAGCCUAGACUAAAUCAAAUAGGAGUGUUGCUUUUUAGAUUUAACGAUUUUAUUUCAGAUGUCUCCCAUUCGAUCAUUGCACUGGGGCACGAGAGAGUGGGAUUAGGGGAUAGGCUAUAUUGCGCAUGGUGCUUUAUCAGAGGGGCUUUGAUAGGCCUAUCGGUUGUGACAGUCGGACUGCGCCUGCCUGGAAUACAGGUGUUAUUUGGUAACAAAUGGACGCAGAACACAUGAUGCUCUGUGAGCAGAUUGUCAACACUCGCGAUUUCAUCAUCUCAGUUACAUGCACCUCCUCUACCUCGGGGAAGUCGGUAUUCCGUCGACGAUGAGGUUGUAUCCUUGGCAACCACGGUUGUGGCCAAGUCUGUGAAGGGGGAUAUCAGCCCCUCUAUCUGGACUUUAGCAUUUUUCAUCUCUGUGCGCCCUCAGUCGGAUGGAGUUCUGACCGUAUGAUGUUUGUUUAGCCUACAAUGGCUGUAGAUUAUUUGCGAAAUGCAUGACCGUUUCGAAUUAACACCCAGUGAUUAUUACAUGCCGUUAUCUCCGUGAUUACUCAUUCAGAAGAUUCCUCCUCAAUAUUAUUCGUAAUAGCUCUCAGAUACCCAGCCAACCAUUCAAUAAAGAUAAGGAAAACGGUGGCGGACCCAAGCACAGUGCAAACUGUGAGGCUUUAGUAGGUUAAACACUCGCCCAGGAGGGAGCUGUUUAGUCGGGGAGAUCAUGGCACAUUGACGCGGCCGGAAUGUGCUUUGUGCAUGAUUGAAGCUUUGUGUUUGAACAGAUCCUAAAUAUAAAAACCUUUAGAGACUAAAUGAUGGUGCCUGGUGCUCCUACAACGAUGCUUCCCGCUUCCGAGGCUGCCAAAAUCUACCAGACCAACUACGUGAGGAACUCCCGCGCUAUCGGGGUUCUGUGGGCUAUCUUCACCAUCCUCUUCGCGAUAGUCAACGUGGUGUGCUUCAUCCAGCCCUACUGGAUCGGAGACGGGAUGGACACGCCGCAGGCCGGCUACUUCGGCCUCUUUCACUACUGCAUCGGAAACGGGCUGUCCCGGGACCUGACGUGCCAGGGAAGCUUCAUGGAGUUCAGCACCAUCCCCUCCGGUGCUUUCAAGGCUGCGUCCUUCUUCAUCGGGAUGUCCAUGGCGCUGGUCAUCGGAUGCAUCGGCUGCUUCACGCUCUUCUUCUUCUGCAGCACAGGCACGGUCUACAAGAUCUGCGGCUGGAUGCAGCUGGCUGCGGGUACAUGCCUGAUUCUGGGCUGCAUGAUCUACCCAGACGGCUGGGACAGUGACGAGGUGAAGAGGAUGUGUGGGGAGCAGACAGACAAGUACACCCUGGGAGCGUGCUCCGUGCGCUGGGCCUACAUCCUGGCUAUCAUGGGCAUCAUGGACGCCCUGAUACUCUCCUUCCUGGCCUUCGUCCUGGGAAACCGUCAGGAUGGGCUGAUGGCUGAUGAGCUGCUGGAUAAGACUGGUAAUUCCAUAUAAACAGCCAUAUACAGUACAAAGGUGUUGGUGCCCAUCAGAGGUAAAGAUAAUGUAACACUAAGUUCCAGCUUCAUACCCAUCACUCUGGAGGGGGAAAGGAGAGCUACUGCUGUUGGAAAGAACAGAAGGAGAAAAAGACAAAUGAACGAAUGUAAGAAAGGAGACACAUCCACUCCAAGAGAACCUACUUUGUAAAGACCUACGGCCCCUUUCUCAUCCACACAUUACCUUGAUAUUGGCGACAACAUCUCUUGAACCAAUGAACCGUUACAGAUGGAAGACCUCACGUUGUUUUAAGAAAUUAAAUCGGCCACUGAACGGACACAGUAGGCCGGUGCAUUAACGGGCGGCAGAUAGCCUAGCGGUUAGAGUGUUGGGCCAGUAAACGGAAGGUUGCUAGUUCGAAUACCUGAGCUGACAAGGUGAAAAAAAUCUGUUGUUGAGCAACGCACUCAUUUGCUUCAGGGGUGUUACAUUACUAUGGCUGACCCUGUAAAACAACACAUUUCACUGCACCUAUCCAGUAUAUGUGACAAUGACACAUAUAUUACCAAAUCAUAUGAGGCAAGUUUUUUGUGAAAAAGAACAUGAUAUUCUGUUUACAGUCCCACCAUUCAAGGCCCUAUCAUAGAAAAACACAAACUAACCCCAAGGGGUGCACAAUUUGGUUUUUGCCAUAGCACUUGACACAACUGAUUAAAAUAAUUAACGAAUCAUCAAGCUUUGAUAAUUUCAAUCAACUGUGUAGUGCUAGGGCAAAAACCAAAACGUGCACCCCUUGGGGUCCCCAGGACUGAGUUUGGGAAACGGUGAACUAACCCAUGACCACACUAUGACCGCUAGGCUACAGCAUUGGAUUGUUCAGACGUCUGGUCAAACAGAGCUGUCUUCUUAGCUCACCUCUGGACCACACGUACCUGAACUGUGGAUUCCUUCUCGACUUGUGUUCCACUCUUUGCUCAUCAUUGUAAGACUGUUUACAGCGGGUGAGCAGGGGCCAUGAGAACUCUGUAAGCACUGUUUGGCCUGCUGAGCCACCGUAAUGGGCUCUGCACUGGAAGGGUUAGUGCUACACGGGAACCUUCGGACGUCCCUACACGAAACCCUAACCUUUACCCUUACCGUUUUAAAUUCAACUGGGUGACAUCCCAGGGAAUCAGUUUAUUGGAAGAAAACGGCUAAAAAGAGAGUGAUGCCCAACCACUGACACCACAUUAAAUGUGACUAAGUUGAAGGUAAAAAAGAAAUGUUUUAGCUGUAAUUAAGGAUUGUUGUGACAGAAUCAGAGAGGUAGAGAUCAGAGUCAAAUAGACCUAGUCUGUAUAGAGGUCUCUGGUAGAGAUUAGGCUGCCAAUCAUAGUGUCCUCAGCAACCCUGGAGAAAACCAUGCCGAAGAACAAUGCAUUAAGUAGGAGAAUAGGCCUGUAUAGUAAGAAAUAGAAAUGGCUAUUCUAUGUACCAGUAUACGUGUUGGAAUAUUAUUUUGUCUCGACUAUGAUAUUUACCAUCGAUGCAGUAUUUUAAAGCUUUUGAUUCACUUCAGAUGUGUGUCAUACAAUGUAUACAGACUAUUGUAGAGGGGUAUUUUACUAUGGAAAGAAGUGUUUCCAUAAAGUGCUGCUCAGUGUCUUGAAUUGUAUUAUCUGGGAAUAUAACCUUAGAAUCCAUCUGCAGCUUUAUCACUGGUAGCAAUAUGUAGUUAACGGAUAGUCAUUCUUGCUCUCUGUCCAGCACAUUUGAUCAAUUAAUAAAAUCAGACAAUUUCUUGAAGGUCAAAAUGUGGAUGUUAUGGCCGUUUAAAGGGUCAGUUGCCUCCAGAGCCCAUGUAAACUUAAGUCAUGUAGCUUACCACUGCCACACACAGGGCUGCAACAUAACCUUAUAACUAUUAUGUCAGCAGUAUACUGGCAGCAGCAUAGCACCCUGCAUCCCACUGCUGGUUUGCCCCUGAAGCUAAGCAGGUCGGUCCCUGGAGGUAGACCAGAUGCUGCUGGAAGUGGUGUUGGAGGGCCAGUAGGUGGCACUCUUUCAUCUGGCUAAGAAGAUCCUAAUGUCCCAGGGCAGUGAAGGGGACAUUGCCCUGCGUAGGGUGCUGUCUUUCUGAUGGGAUGAUAAAUGGGUGUCCUGACUCUCUGUGGUCAUU